AUGUACCCGGGGCUUAUAGCCAGCUCGAAUCCCAACCGGAUUACGUCGGUGUAUGGAUAGAUAAUUCAAGCAUUGUUCGCUUGUUAUUUUGCUACUUGAGAAAGUGCAAUAAAUCUGUACUCAGGGAUUAUUCCUUGUUGACAAAAGACAAUAUAAGUAUGAAAGAUAUAUACCAAAUAGAAGACCUAGUGUCGAUAUUACGAGUUGUUUCGCCACUAAAGAGGUACUUUUAGCAUUGUUUUUCUUUCAUAGCGGACUUCAUUCCAUUUUGAAUGAUAUCAAAUUAGUUUGUGAAAUCAAUUAUAUUGUGUGACAUAAUUAUUUAUAAUAACCGCUUGGCGACACAUUUGUGUACGAAAUUAAAAAUUAUAAAGCAAUUUUUACAAUGGCAGACACGAUAUUGGAUAGUUAAUUAUAUUAUCACAUGCUAUCUGCCAAAACUAUUGAAGCGCAUGGCUAAAUAUUUGCGAACACGUAUACGUUUGAAAUUGGAAUUUUUAAAUCGUUCAAAAAAGUGUAAUUCAAUAUUGACUUAAGAUUUUAUUGAACGCGUUUUAUUAUUUGAUCGGAAAUCGAACUACCGGUAUGUGACUCGACACUCUUUCCGGAAAAAAGGGAGUGUCAGUUAGAAUAAUCGUCGUCAGGUAUUAAGAACAGUGACAUCAGAUCGUUCACCCAUCUAUACACAAAAUUGUGUGCACUGUAAAAUGUUUAAAAGUUUCGAAGGCUUACGUGAGUGAACUUUAUAAGGAAACGACGCAACACAAUAAAUCAGCGACUAUUAGGUAUUCCCGAGUAUUUUCAAAAUGAGCACUAUAUCUAGUCUACUAAACGUUUGGAGCGGGUAACAGAAGUCUUUACUACUACACUACCACAAACAUGACCGAAAGCAGCCGGUUACGAUUCCGGAAGUCGAGCAGCUUCUCGGUAAAACCGAUCCGUAGCUGGGCGAGCUCCAGUUCCGUGAACAGCGAGCCAUGGACGCUCCGAUCACACGGCAGCCUCAAGCUGAGGCCCGUGCUCGAUUUCCGGAUGCCGACGUUGGCCAACAAUCGUCAAUUCCUACUUCCGUUAGAAGACAUUGCCACGCAGACGAAAUCCCGCCUGCUGAAGUUAGAAUCAAGCCCGCCUUCCAGUCUGCGUGACGUCAGGCAUGCGCUUGCUUCAGAAAUCAAAACGGUCCAGAAACGACUUACUCGAUUAGAACGUUCUUAUUAUGGCGUAGGAAAGUCCAUCAAUCAGGAAGUGAAGAAAUACGCCAUGCCCAUGAAGAUCUUACUGCGCAUGCUCGGGUAUUUUGAAUUGUCGUCUGUUAAAAGCGUCGAAGCGGCCAUAAAGUACGGAUCCGACCCAACACGAUAUAAGGGCGAUCCAGGAAAUGUAAAUCUUCUUAAAGAAUUGUAUGCGAAGGUGCAGACUUUUAUUCCAGUCAAGUUUGAUGAAAUUGCAAGCGACUGUAAAAAGAUGUUGGAGAUCAUGGAAAAGUAUUGUAUCAGUUUCUACGAACCCGUUGGCGAAAUCGAAGUGGAAACGGCACUGCACUACGAAACGCAAAUUCGCUCGUGGAAAAGAGUAAUUCUGGAAACUUUAGACAAAAUUAACACCCUCAUAAUGCAUUUCAAACACAGAGGAGUUCAUUAUACAAUGUUUAGCGCCACUGUAGCGACUUUUUGUCAGAAGAGUGAAUGCGAAACGAUACCAUUUCUAAUGCUCUUUGCCGAAGCGUGUACAAACAUAAGAACGGUUUUAUCUAUAUUAGAACAGUGGCUGAAAUCGGACGAAAACUAUAGCGUGUUUUUGCAAAACGAUGUGUCAGACUUGGAGAGGCAAAAGGACGAGCAGGUACGGACGGUGAGGGAAGCCAGUGAGCAGUAUCAUUCUGCGCUGUUCAAACUGAAUCAGAUUGAAACGGAAUACGCAAAACUGUUUUCGGAACUAGAGCAUCUUAGGGAAAAGGAGGACACGAGCGAGAUCGAAGAGACGUAUCUGUUAAAUAAGUGUAAUGAGCUAGAAAUGGAUAUGGAGUUUAAAGAAGGCCGACGCGAUGCACUAAGUAAACAACCAUUGGAUACGGAUUCGUUGGAAUCGCUGGCUAUCACGUGGGACAACCUGAAUGAGGAGAUUCGCUUCCUGAAGGACAGUUUGCCGGCGGUGAAGCGGCAACUUUCUGUAGUGAAGCAGAGGCGGGAGUGGAUGCGGGAGAGACGCAAUCACUUAGAGAAGGUGCAGAAGGAGUUGGACCAGCAGAGCAAAGAUGUCAAGGUCACCAGCGCGCUGAAGGGACAGCGGGAGGCAGAGUUGGAGAUCAUGGAGCGGACGCUGGAGAUCUCACGCGAGCUUUUGCUACACAAGACCAGCAACAACUCGGUGGCGAAGAUCUUCUAUGACUUGCCGAUCACUGCCAGAAACCACAAACUCAAGUUGCCGAGCAUUUCAAAUGGGACGGACGGUGCCCUGGAUAAAUCGUGCGAGGUGGUUGUGCAGUCGAUCGGACAGGACUGGAUGCAGCUGUACCGCGCGCUGCCCUUCUUUCCGGCACGCGGCGCGGAGACGAUUGAAAAGGACAUUGCCAGCAUCGCAGUCGAUGGUGCGCGCGGUCCUAAGAGUGACAUAGCCGGCGUGGCGCUCGCAAGAUGGCGACGGCACCACACGCGUGCACGUGCGGAGGAUCUGAAACAGGGGCUGCGGGCGAUCAGGCGACUGGAUCUUUACCGCCAGGUAGAGCUUACUAUACAUCCGCCACCCGUCGAGGAGGAGCCGCCGGAGUACUUCCCACCGGAACUGGAUCCCGCCCUAUGGCCCCACUACCGGGACGUGGUGAAACUGGACAAACUGAUCGCCGAUAAGAGGAUCACAGUGGAACAACUCCCGGAGGAGUAGUUAGUUAUAGACGCAUUUUAAACAUUGCGAUUACGGAUACCUUUUAGGUGUUCAAGUUUUGUACACCUCAUGGGACACAUCAUGGGCACGACUUCACGAAUAGACGAGUGUAAGAAACUGUUUUUUAUUCGAAUUAUGCAAGUUCAGAUUAUACGAAGCGUGGUUUGAUUGAUUGUAUAUGAGCGGUAUAGGUAUAAUGAUUUAUCUGUAAGUCUGUUUAAAAGAUCACUUGAAGAUUGGUUAUGUUUGGCUUUGCUCACAACAUAAGUGUAUAAAGAAGAUAGACAACGUGUGAGACUGACAAUGUGUUCUUUUUUCGCUUUCCCAAGAACAACUGUAUUGUAAACUCUUGAUAGAUUUUCAGAUGGGGAUACGUGUAUAUAUGUAUGUAUGUAUUACACACACGAUAUAUGCGUACAUAACGAGCAAUUAAUUAACCCAGAACUGUGAUAUUUUAAGUAUUUCUUUAACUCUCGUAAAGACAGCAUGUUGUUUAUUAUUUGUAUUUUGCAUUUAUAUGUGUUGCCUGUCUACUUCAAUUAUGUAGAUCUCUUUUACGCUUGUGAUCUUUAUAUUUACAUUUACAAAAAAAUAUUGUUUGCAUAUGUUAGUUUCCACGCUGUAUCACGUGGUUCUAAAGCAAUGUUCCCUUCUGGUAAGCGUGUCCUAUGAGAUAACAGUGUCUCCGGGUCCCAUGGCGACAUUUUAUUAUGAAUAAAACAACAUUGCAAAUAAUGAAAUAAUACUGCACGUGUACUGGUAAAAAGUUCAUUUCUUAAAUGUUGAUGACCGACAUGCAACUUUGAAUCUAAUUAAAGUACAUACUUGAUAAAUCA